AAGAAUAACAGGUUAGCAUACGCAUAUUUCCUUUUAAGCAGUAACAUGGCUUCCAUCCAGUUUUUCGUGUUGUUCGUCGCAGUGUGCGGAAGCUUUGCUGCUCCGGCCACGAAAAACGGAAAACCACUGAUCGAUCCCGAAUGCUCUUUCUCACCGGUGAUUUCGUCGGAUCCGCUGAAAUGCGGAAAGGUCAUCGUCAGCGAUACCGUUGAGGCGGUUGAAGAGAAGGAGCCGCUGCUGUUUGAAGGAGAUAUUGCCGGUAUUCUGGAAGCCGGAGACACCAUCGCCGAUCUGGAUGCCAAAUUAAAUAAUCCAGAGAAGGCUGCCAUUUUGUCAAAUAAGCGCUGGUUUGGUGCUUACAUGUACUACCAAAUAUCAUCCUCCUUCAGCGCAUCGGAACAGGAUCUCAUCAAACGAGCGAUGAAGGAGUUUGAGACGAAAACCGAUGCAGUGCGAUUCUUUCCGCGCGGCAGUUCCAAUGACUAUAUCAACAUCGUUAAAGGCAAUGGAUGUCACAGUAUGGUUGGCAAACAAGGAGGCGCCCAGACGUUAUCCUUGGGAAACGGUUGCGUUUAUUUCGGAACCAUCGUUCACGAGCUGAACCACGCCAUCGGCUUCUGGCAUGAACAAUCCCGCAGCGACCGCGACAGCUACGUAGAAAUCAACUGGAAUAACAUUGCGCAAUCAAACCAGCACAACUUCAACAAAUACGCCGCCAGCUCCAUCACGACAUCCGGCACCGGUUACGACUUCGGCUCUAUCAUGCACUACGAGAAGAACGCCUUCGCCAUUAGUUCAAAUGUCUGGACGAUCCGCCCGAAAUCUCCCUGGCAGAAUACCCAGCUGGGCCAGAACAACGGGCUGAGCGCCACCGAUAUCCAGGAGAUUAACUCCAUUUACAAGCUGUGCGCGACCACCUGGUACGAGUCCAACUACAGCGGAGGCGAAAUGCGCUACGUCAGCGGACUGGUGGCGAACCUGCAUGCGGAUGCGCAGGAUAAGAUCAGCUCGGCUAAAGUGACCUUGGGCUGCACCCUGACCAUCUACAGCCAGGUGAAUUCCCAGGGAACCGCCACCGUGUUCAAGCCGACGCAGGAAGGAUAUGUGUACUAUAAUUUCCAGGGACAGACUUAUGACAACGAUGCGCGAUCACUUAAGUGCACUUGUCCAUAAAAUAAUGUGUUGUACUGAGUGUGGGAAAAAUGUACACUGUUUCUUAACAAAACUGCAACGAAAAGGAAUAAAAUAUAAAUGAAUGUUAUGAAAUAAAA